UCUCAUAGAGGGUGGCAGGUUUUCCCAGAGCUCCUGGUCACAGAGCAGGUGUUUGUUGUCCAGGCAGGCUGCUUAGCCGGAGCACACUGGGAGAUCAUGGAGGUCUCCAAAAGCAACACAGGGCCAACCCUCGCGGUUCCCACCCCAUUUGGCUGUAUUGGUUGUAAGCUGCCACAGCCAGACUACCCACCAGCUGUAGUCACCUUCAUUUUCUGUGUAAUGGUUAUUACCAUUGUGGCAGACCUGGUCGGCAACUCCAUGGUCAUUUUGGCUGUAACAAGGAACAAGAAGCUCCGAAAUUCUGGCAACUUCUUUGUGGUUAGCCUCUCUGUGGCUGAUAUGCUGGUGGCCAUCUACCCCUACCCUCUGAUGCUGCACGCCAUGUCCAUUGGGGGAUGGGAUCUGAGCCAGUUCCAGUGCCAGUUGAUCGGCUUCAUCACAGGGCUCAGCGUGGUCGGAUCCAUCUUCAACAUUGUGGCCAUCGCCAUCAACCGCUACUGCUACAUCUGCCACAGCCUCCAGUAUGAGCGGAUCUUCAGCGUGCGCAACACCAACGUCUACCUGGUGAUCACCUGGGUCAUGGCCAUCCUUGCCGUGCUGCCCAACAUGUACAUUGGCACCAUCGAGUACGAUCCUCGCACUUAUACCUGCAUCUUCAACUACCUGAACAACCCCGUCUUCACGGUGACCAUCGUCGGCGUCCACUUUGUCCUUCCUCUCCUUGUCGUGGCUUUCUGCUACGUGCGAAUCUGGACCAAAGUGCUGGCAGUCCGGGAUGCGGCUAGACAGAAUCCUGACCGCCAGCUGGCUGAGGUUCGCAAUUUUCUAACCAUGUUUGUGAUCUUCCUCCUCUUUGCAGUGUGUUGGUGCCCGAUCAAUGUGCUCACUGUCCUGGUGGCUGUCAGUCCGAAGCACAUGGCAGGCAAGAUCCCCAACUGGCUUUAUCUUGCAGCCUACUUCAUAGCCUACUUCAACAGCUGCCUCAACGCUGUGAUCUACGGGCUUCUCAAUGAGAGUUUCCGACGUGAAUACUGGGCCAUCUUCCAUGCUAUUCGGCACCCUAUCCUGUUCGUCUCUGGCCUCAUCACUGACAUUCGUGAGACCCAAGAGGCCCGGGCUCAUGCCCGUGCCCGUGCCCGUGCCCGUGACCAAGCCCACGAGCAAGCCCAGGAACCAGUUCGUGACCAAGACCAUGCCCACACCUGUUCUGCUAUGGAGGGAACCCCAAUGGGCAUCCGGAAUGUUGCACUACCUGGGGAUGCUGCGACCAGCCACCUCGACCAAGCCUCUGACCACCACAAGUCCCAAUCCAGAUCUGCAUCUGCAUACCGUAAGCCUGCCUCAAGAUAUUCCAAGACGGUCUUCAGCCACUCCAAGGCUGCCUCCGGCUACACGAAGCCCAGCUCUGGCCACUCCAAGGAAAGCUGUGGCCAUCCCAAGUCGGCCACAGUCUACCCCAAACCUGCCUCUGUUCACUUCAAGGCCGAUUCCACCCGUUCCAAGUCUGCCUCUGUUCAUUUCAAGGGUGACUCAGUGCACUUCAAGGCUGCUUCCAGCCACCCCCAGUCUGUUAGCAGUCUCCACUCCUCUGCUGGCAGGCGUGCUCUCAGUGCUGCCCCCAACCACCCUGCAACCAUUAGUGGCAACAUCCAGUUGGCUGCCUGCUGCCCUGAGCCUGCUGCAGCUGCCUACCUGGAUCCCCUACUCACUAGCCGUCCAGAGCCUGUCCCUAGCAGCCACGCCAAGCCUGCUGCUGCAGGCCAGCCUGAAUUCGCCACCUCCACAUACCUUGAAACCACCACCCCCAGUCACCAGCUCACGUCUGAUGUCACUGGCCUCUCUGAGCCUGCAUCCAGCGCUGCUUCUGGCUCCCCCACAUCUGCAGCCGCUGCUGCUCCUGACCCUGCUGCAAUCACCACUGCCACCCGCGACUACCCUGAGCUUGUUGUUAUUGAUGUGCAAGGUGACUCCGACAAAACGGCUGUGUGAAAACGUGCUUGCAGGUGGCCAGGCAGGGCUCCCCUCCCCAGUGGGAUUUGCACAUGUAAUGCAGAAGGCCAUCCCUGUGCCCUUACAGACAGGAAGAGCCACUGGCAGAUGCUGCCCCUUGCGGGGCCUUUCUGGCACACUCCCCCUCGAUGUCCUAUCCUCUCAGAGCUACGCACGCGUGUCCUUGCUUCUUCACAAAGCAGCUUUCCCCUCAGACUCUGCUGCUCCUCCUGCGAUUGACCUUCAGCCCUCAGUAUCUCUAAAAAUUAAGACUUGCACUGUUUUUCCCACUCUGGUGUCUCUUUUUCUCAGCUUUCCUCUUUGCUGUGUUCCUGAUUUCUUCUCCCAUUCUUUGAGGGGCGGGGAGAAGUGCAUGCGCAGUGUUCCCAGCAUCCUGGUGAAGGUGUCUGUGAAAUGACUGUGACCAUGAGCAUUCUGUUUUUCAGUGUGUAACUCGCUAUUGUACUUGUAACGGCAGUCGGAAAAGCAGAUGUGCUCAAGUGCAAAUAACUUGACAGUUUCACUAAAGUUUCAGCAACAGAAUAUGACCUGUAUUUGAAGACUGUGAGUUGAUCAGUUCUUAGGAAAAUAAAUGUUCGUGCCUGGUGGUAUGACAGGAACAUCUAAGUAGUUAUUUACUUUUGAAUCUGUUUUGACAUUUCCUGCCCUUCUUCUUCAAAAAGGAAGUUGAGGUGACACCUGUUAAGUGGAAGCGAAGGGAGUGCUGCCCUGGAAAUUGUACCUGAUUGUUGCUCUGAAGCCUUGUUCCUCUGAGCCUCCUGGCGGGAGCCGGGAAGGGGUCGGGAGGAAGAGCCACUCUCGCUGCCGCUGCCGUGGACUGAGGCUCACUGUGAAGCUGUAGACAUCUCGUAUUAGCACGCUUGAUGACCCAGGGAAAUGAUUUUUCUCUAGAAUUCAAGGGAAAAGCAAAAAGCUUAGUUCAUGAAAUUUGCAAUUAUCUAUUCAAAUUGCUAUUGUUUAUACUGUACAAAAGGUUGUGUAAGGAGAAGUGGAAAUGGA